AUGGCACCGUACGCGGCUUUGUAUGGUCGCAAGUGUCAAACUCCCUUGUGUUGGUAUCAAAAUGGUGAAAACUUGAUCGUAGGGCCAGAAUUGGUGCAACAGACUACAAAGAAGGAUGAACAUGUAUUCUUGAGAGUGACGCCUACUACUGGAGUUGGUAGGGCAUUGAAGUCUAAUAAGCUUACUCCGAAGUUUAUUGGACCACACCAAAUUUUUCGACGUGUGGGUCCAAUGGCUUAUCAAAUUGCUUUACCAACGAAUUUGGCCAAUUUACAUGAUGUGUUCCAUGUAUCACAAUUGAUGAAUUACAUGGCAUAUCCAUCCCAUAUUAUUGUGCCAGAUGAUAUUCAAUUGAAGGAGAAUCUUACAUUCGAGGUACCACCGAUAAGCAUCGCACACAGAACUACCAAACAUUUGAGGGGAAAUGAAAUUCCCUUGGUUAAGGUGAUUUGGAACCAGACGAUUGGGGGUGCUACUUAG